CGUUUCCACUCCAGUCAGCAGACGGCGAUGUGCGUCUUUCAGGCGUCGCUGCCAGCGUGACGUAUAAUCUAGUGGACGGUUCUUCAUAAACAGCUCGUCAACCACCUCGGUAGCUUGCUAGCCAACAUACCCGAAAGAUUCAAGCUAUUUAUACGCUUUCGGUGUAUAUUAGCUACUGUGUUUUAGACACACUUCUGUCGUAACAACUUGUUAACCUAUUUAAUUGAAUAUUACGUUAUUUUGUAUUAGUCAGCUAUAGUAGCUGGCUGGUUUAGUCAGCACUAGCCUAGUCGCUAAUGAUAGCUAGUUAGCUAACAUCCCCGAACAUGAGGUCAGUAAGCUUCUCCCCUCCUGCUAAAGAAGAGGAAGUCUGCUGGACGGAGAAAGAGGGUCUGGGGCUGAACAUUGUUGUGAAAGAGGAGGAAGAGGAGGCUGUUUUUGGUGUGAAAGAGGAGGAGGGGGAGAUUACUGUCACAUUGGAGGAAGAAGAGGAGGUUGGAGAUCUGUUUAACCCCAGAGAGAGACGGGACUAUGGUGGAUCCUCUGGGGAGACUCAACAACACCAUGAUGCUGAAGAGGCAGAGAAGAGUCUCUCCACAUCAGAACACCUCAAGAAACACCAGUGGAGACCCACAGGGAAGAAAUCUCACUCCUGCUCUGACUGUGGGAAGAGAUUCACCUCCUCAUCAGGCAUUAAAAUUCAUCAGAGAAUCCACACAGGAGAGAAACCUUAUAGCUGUGAUCAAUGUGGGAAGAGUUUUUCUACUUCUGGCUAUCGGACAGUGCACCAGAGAACACACACAGGAGAUAAACCUUAUAGCUGUUAUCAAUGUGGGAUGAGUUUUGCUGCAUCUAGUGAUCUGACAGUGCACCGGAGAACACACACUGGAGAGAAACCAUAUAGCUGUGAUCAAUGUGGGAAGAGGUUUACUAAAUCUGGCUCUCUGACUUUACACCAGAGAACACACACAGGAGAGAAACCUUAUACAUGUGAUCAAUGUGGGAAGAGUUUUACUACAUCUGGCUCUCUGACUUUACACCAGAGAACACACACAGGAGAGAAACCUUAUAGCUGUGAUCAAUGUGGGAAGAGUUUUACUACAUCUGUCUCUCUGACUUUACACCAGAGAACACACACAGGAGAGAAACCUUAUAGCUGUGAUCAAUGUGGGAAUAGUUUUUGUCAAUCUGGCCAACUGACAGUGCACCAGAGAACACACACAGGAGAGAAACCUUAUAGCUGUGAUCAAUGUGGGAAGAGUUUUGCUACUUCUGGCUAUCUGACAGUGCACCAGAGAAUACACACAGGAGAUAAACCUUAUAGCUGUGAUCAAUGUGGGAAGAGUUUUGCUGCAUCUAGCUCUCUGACAGUGCACCAGAGAACACACACAGGAGAGCCAAUGUAUAGCUGUGACCAGAGAUAAUCUGAUAAAAGAUCUCUGACUAAUCAUCAGAAAAUACAUGAAGGAGUUGUUUCAUGAUAUCAAUUAAAUGAUGUCACAAUGUAGAAUGUUGUAGUAGGAGUAUUCUAAUGAUGUCACAAUGUAGAAUGUUUUAACAUUGUAGUAGGAGUAUUCUAAUGAUGUCACAAUGUAGAAUGUUUUAACAUUGUAGUAGGAGUAUUUUAAUGAUGUCACGAUGUAGAACCCUAAAUGUUUGUCCCCUGUUCUAUUGAUUUCAACAUGAUAUGGAUAUUAGCCUCAGGGGGAAAAUCCACGCUCUGAAUUGGAAGAGUACUAUUUAUGUGAUUUAGUAAGUACACAUUAUCCCCAGAUUCCGUGUGGUUUUUGAGCUGUUAGUUUUAACAGGAAGUGCAACCUCAUCUCCUUCCUGUCGCACAAAUGAUUUUAGCAUGAAAUUAAUUAGUUAUGACAAAUAAGUGUUGCGUUCCUUUGUUUAGCGACCCCUACAUUUAAAUGCAUUCCAACAGCACGUACAACCUGAUUUCCCCCCUAAUUGAUAUCAGUGAUUUAUUGCUACUUGUCAAAACAGCGUUUCUGGAAAUAUGAUUAUUGUGGCAGAUGUUUGUGUAAAUAGCACAUGUUAUGUUUAGGUUUUCAAUUUAUCCCAAACUGUUUCUGCAUAUUGGUUAUUGAUUUGGACACGUUAAUACUGUGUUUUGACAUUGAGGCUAUCCCACCUAGCACAAUGUAAUUGAAAAGUUGUUGAAAAUAAGACUAUGCAAUCAAAAUAAAAUGUAUAUAUUUUAUUAUUAUACCAUGCCUUACCAUUAAGUUAAUUAUUGACAAUACAUAUUAACAAAGGGGUGUCUAUUUGGUUUUGAUCAUUCAUAUUUACAAUUCAUGUAACUUUUAGUAGUCAUAAUUAUUUAUGCAAUCAACUGACAAUUUACGGGUAUAAUUAUAUUGACAUUGUUGCCCUUCUUUUAGAAUAGCAGGUUUAAUUCUCAGAUGUGCCAAACCAAAUUUACUAGAGCAUGACAUUGGGGACUGGGUCCCGAUCCAACAACAUGCCUAUCUAGUGAACCCUGAGAAGAGAGAGAAGCUCCACAGUGAGGUGGAAAGUUACUACGGAUAUUGCAGGAGUUUCCUCUUGAAACCAGACAUGUCCGUGUUAAGGACAACUUGGUUGCUGAUUGUUUCAAGGGUGGGCAGUCAUAGUUUUGCGUUUAGCCGUUGCGUUGCCAUGGAUCACAAUUUAUUUUGACUGCACGGUUUUUCUGUAUUGGAGAUGAGUUUUGUUUGGGCUCGUUCCAAGGGGACAAGAGUUCUAGAAGCUGGUGAGUUUUAGGAAGAUGAGAGUUCUAGAACAUAAUGAGUUUUAGGAAGACGAGAGUUCUAGAACAUGGUGAGUUUUAGGAAGAUGAGAGUUCUAGUUUUAGAGUUUUAGGAUUCUAUUGAAAGAAAAAGGAGAAAAAAAUAAUAGGAUUGUAUAUUAUUAUUUAGAAAUACGUGUUUUUUCUUGAUUUUAAUUGUUGACAGCCAGUAGACACUAUGUUUAUAUUGUAGAAGCAUUGUAGUUGAUUAUGUGAAAUGGAAGUUUUCUGUUGGGGGUGAGCAAACUUGUCCAACAAAAAUUAUAGGUUUUAUUUGUUGUCUUAAGGGGGAAGGUGUUACAGGCUUUGGUUUUUCCAUUUAUGUUUUGAGGUUGGUCUUUAGCACGUAUAGCUCGUUAGCAAUAAGGACGCACCGAUUCGUGUCACCUCGUUAGUCUGUAUGUGUUACACCUGUGCUGGCUUGUCCAUCUCGUUAGUGGGAAGGUGUUUCACCUGAGCUGGUCCAGGUUCUAUUUAAGAGUGUCUGGCCCAGUGCUCCAGUUGUCUUGAUAGAUGUGGAGAGUCAACACCUUUAGUUGCUCCACCUUUUUGGUUUGCUUCCUGUCUUUUAAGUUUGUUGUGGGUUUUAAUUUUGUUUGCCUCUUCUUGGGCAGAUUUAGUGGGUCUUAUGGUGGGUGUCUUUUAGGUCCCAGUUGUUGUUAUUAGUCAACUUUCAGUGGACACCGCCAUAGUGUCUUUCCGAGUCCCUCCUAUAUUAAUUAUAAAUUAGGAUGCUCAUUAGAAUUUUAGUUGGUAAACUUCUGUUUUUUAUCCUCUUAUUUUUGUGUACUAAAUAUUUCUGUUUAUUUUCAUUUUUUUUUUCUCCUGUGAAGCCAUUGUGUUGAAUCCAGGUCUGAAAUGUACUGUGUAAAUAAAGCUUGAUUUGAUUUGAACAUAUUGCAAAACAAAUUAACCCAAUGACUGACCAAUCCUUAGAGUGCUCAUUGGUUUUUCAGUUGUUAUUCUUCUGUUUUUAUCCUCUUAUGUUUGUUGUGUAGUAAAUAUUUCAGUUUAUUUUCAUUGUUUUUUUAUACAUUUUUUCCUGUGACGCCAUUGUGUUGCAUCCAUGUCUGAAAUAAAUAAAGCUUGAUUUGAUUUGAACAUA